AUGAACGCCGUGGAUGCUUCGGAGCAUUACGAAAGUGUUGCUACUGAACCAGCGCCUUCGCUCCUUGCAAUCGUUCUCGACAUCAAUCCCCAUGCCUGGGCAUUGCUUGAAGACCAAUUGCCUUUCUCCAAGGCACUGGCCAAUCUACUAGUAUUCAUAAAUGCACACCUUGCAUGCAAUUACACAAAUGAAGUCGCAGUGAUUGCCUCCCACAGCCAGCGUGCUGCGUGGCUGUAUCCUACCCAUAAUCAAAAGCCAAAAGCCCGACUGGACGCCGAUGGAGAUAUUGAAAUGAAUGGACAGGAGGCGCACGACACCCAUGCCUCGCACUCUUCUGCCCAAAAUAACAUGUACCGUCCGUUUCGAUUGGUCGAGGAACAAGUGAUGGAGAAUGUCAGAGAACUAUUGGCGUCAACGAAUGCUUCUGACGUGACCGCUACUUCGACCAUGAUUGCUGGUGCCUUGACAUUAGCACUCAGUCAUAUCAACCGACGCACCAUGACCUGGACGGAGACUCACGGUAACAGUAACGUUGAAAAUGCCGGCGGGCCUGCCGGUUCGUCAUCGACUGCAGCUGUCUCGGGCGGUAACAUCAAUUUGGGACUACAAAGUCGGAUUUUGAUCGUUUCCGUCAGUAGUUCUACGGAUUCUGCACACCAGUAUAUUCCGAUUAUGAACAGCAUAUUUGCCUGCCAACGAUUACACAUUCCCAUUGAUGUCUGCAAGCUGAGCGGUGAUGCCGUAUUUCUACAACAAGCCUCAGACGCGACUCGAGGAGUCUACAUGUCUCUGACGGAACCUCGGGGACUACUGCAGUACCUUAUGAUGGCAUUCCUUCCCGACCAGCGAUCCCGCAAACACCUUAUCGUGCCUUCACGAGUCGACGUUGAUUUCCGCGCUGCAUGUUUCUGUCAUCGGCGCGUGGUCAAUAUCGGCUUUGUGUGCUCGAUUUGUCUCAGCAUCUUUUGCGAGCCGCCGGAGAACGGCGACUGUUUGACGUGCGGCACACAUCUGGAGAUUGGGGAUUACGGCGCAAGGCCUGCGGUGCUGGGGAAGAAGAAGAAGAAAAAGAAAGCACGCUUGAAUGGGUCAGCUCCCGCCACGCCCACGCCGACAGCCACGGCUGGUUGA